AUGUCCUACGACUUCGACUUCUUGCUGACCCUUCCAUUCGCUGACCGUAAGUAUGAACGGACUCCUAGAAUUACGGACCGCAUGUCUGUCAUUUUGCCAAAAACUGGAGAAAAAGUGACGAUUCUUCCAGCGCACAAAGAAGAAGACGUUCCUAAAGGUCUUCUAGAGGCGUGUCUUGAAGAAUUCAACUAUGUGAUUGAAGAGGGAAGGACCUAUCCCCAUUAUCUUCAACAGAGCUAUGAAGAGUAUAUGAAUUAUCUUUUCGAAGGGUUUGCUGCCAUCUGGAUCAAGGGUGAGUACAAUGAAGAUUGGAGAAAUGAACCUAAAGAGUUUUGGGACGAGAAGUUUUUGGGUUAUUUUUAUAUCAAGCCCAAUUAUAUUGGACGCUGUUCACACGUGUGUAAUGCUGGCUUCGUUGUAAAACAUACCAUUAGGGGAAAAGGAUUGGGACUUGAAAUGGGCAAAAAGUAUUUGGAACUUGCUCCUAAAUUAGGUUACGUUUAUUCUGUCUUCAAUCUUGUUUUCGAGACAAAUCCAGCCAGCUGUAGGAUUUGGGAUUCCUUGGGCUUUGACAGAAUUGGAUAUGUGAAAAACGUCGCUGCUUUGAAAGGGGAACUGAAGUUGGUCGGCGCAUACAUGUAUGGUAAAGACUUAGUCUAA